UACAACUUCGCAAUGGCGUUGGACUGACCGCGCGGGCAGAAUGGGGGUCUCUGGCCUCUUCAAGGAACUUGGGCCUGGCCAGCGCAUCAGUGUCGCCAAACUCUCCGUCCAGCAUUUCUCCACCCAUGGACGACCCCUCCGACUGGCGAUUGACAUUUCCAUUUGGCUGUUCCAGAUACUCGCCUCCAAAGGCGGUUCCAAUCCUGCUCUCCGAACAUUCUACUACCGACUUUUACGACUAUUGUCGCUCAACAUACAUCCACUAUUCGUCUUCGAUGGACCGAACAAGCCAGCCUUUAAGCGCAACAAGAAGGUUGGAGGGCCAGGCGUCAGAGUCGCUAGUGUGCCCGAGUUUCUGGCCAAGGAAUUAUUGAGGAAAUUUGGAUAUCCGUGGCAUGUUGCGCCUGGCGAGGCCGAGGCAGAGUGUGCGCUUCUACAGAGGGAAGGCGUGGUAGACGCGGUCUUGAGCGAAGAUGUGGACACAUUGAUGUUUGGAAGUGGUGUGCUGUGGAGGAGCUGGACCGCGGAAGGCAAGGGCAAGGUUCCGACACACUGCACUGUCUAUCGCGCCGACGAAGUAGAAGAAAAGAGUGGGUUGGAUAAAGAGGGCAUGAUCUUGGUCGCGUUGAUGAGUGGAGGAGAUUACAUUGUUGAGGGUAUUCCUGGUUGCGGGCCCAAGGUUGCAUGCGACGCCGCCAGAGCUGGCUUUGGAAGAGAGCUGUGCGAACUGGCUAGGAAGAGGGAUGUCAAUGGGUUGAAGGAGUGGAGAGAGCGCCUGACACACGAAAUCCGGACCAACGAGAGCAAAUUCUUCACGAAGAGAAACAGCAAACUCGCGAUACCGGACGAUUUCCCGAAUAGAGAAGUCCUUAGAUACUACACGGACCCGUGUGUGAGCACGCUGGACAAGGUAGCGCGACUAAAGGCUGAGGUGAAGUGGGAUAUGGAGAUGGACUUCCCGGCAUUGAGAGCUUUCGCGGCCGAUGCGUUCGAUUGGAGAUGUAUUGGUGGUGCGAAAAAGUUCAUCAAAAAUCUUGCCCCUGCUAUCUUAGUGCGCGAGUUGCGACUGAUGGGCGAGAAAGACGAGCGGCUUAACACAGACGCACAAGCAGAGAGAGAGCAGCAGUAUGUGUUGGCGAUUCAUGGCAGUCGCAACCAUGCUGCAACCGAUGGAGAGCUCGAGUAUCGUAUCACAUUCAUUCCUCAAGGCCUGGUCCCUAUCGAUCUGAGUGUCGAAGACGAGGACGACGAGUUUGUUCCUGCUGGGGGUGCCGAUGAGGAGAUGGAAGCUGAAGACGAAUGGGCCCAGAUACCCAGCAGCACACAAGACGAGUCAGAUGUGCCAACCUCUCCCACCAAGAAACGCACUUUCAAGCCUUAUCAUCCAGAUCAGCCGGAGAAGCUUUGGCUGUUGCGCGACUUUCUCAAGGUUGGAUGCCCUCUACAUGUUGAAGACUAUGAGGACAAAUCAAAAGAUCCGAAAGAGUUCUUCAAGCAGAGGCGAAAGGCGAGGGCUGCUGCGAGGGGCGAUACGAAUGUGCAUGCAAAGAAGACACGUCGCAAGAAGAACGAGCUGGACUCGUCCCAAAUGCCCAUCGAUGCGUUUGGCACUUUGACUAAAUCUUCACAAGCGUCUGUGCUUGAAGUGAGUGGAUCGCAGGCUCGGAAACCACUGCAGACUGUUAAUACCGGUGCUAAUGUGGGAUCCAAGAAGCCGAGCAAGGCGUCGGAGAAGGAGACAGAUAUCGAUGAUGUGGUCGCCUCGGUCUCCAGAUUUCAGAAGCCUCGAGCGCUCUCUCCUUCUGCGCGCAAAACUGUCCCAGAUCCAAUGACGUACAACUUUGAGACAGAUGAUGAAGAAACGCCGAAAGCUGCGAAGAUUGCACCUCCUCCGAAGCCGAAUGCAGACUUCUUCAAGCCAUUUGGGGGAACGAGACCCUCUGCAUCGCAACAGACUCCGCCGCGCCGCAAGAGGCGUUCUGACGAGGUUGCAAGUCCGGCGUUGAGUCAACGAUCAAUCACCAGCUGGUUGUCACCUUCUCCGCGGAAGCAAGCGGCACCACAGAGGCCGAAUGAAGUUAUCUCACUUGUUUCAUCGUCACCAGCGAAAUCAGUGGAAUGUCCUCGCCCAAGCUCUCCGACACCAGAGCGCUUCCGCGGAGGAUUCAUUCGCAGUGAGAGUGAUGAUGUGGUGGACUUUGCUACGCCAAAGCUUCCUGAUUCUGUGACGAAGAGGAGAAGAAAGACGCCGCUGAGAAGGGCGCAAACCGCUCCUUCAGCAGGAGAGGAUCAACUCGAUCUGCCACUCGCUACGGCAAGGCAUCGGCCUACCACACCAGAUCCGACGCCUCCUGGGGACACCGUCGAAGCCAUGGACCUCGCAAGUCCGCUCCCCACCCGCGCCCCUGUGCAGGACAAGCCUGGCCCACCUCCAACUGAAGUUCCAGUGUCUGCCCUACCAGGCACUCAUGCUCGCAAAGUAUCCCGGACAUCGACAUCAAUGCCUGCCUCUGCCUCAUCCCGUUCGUCCGUCUCGAACUCGCUUCGUCGCUCUCCUCGCACUUCGACUUCCAAGACUAUAAAGACAAUCGCGGCCGUACAGCAAUCUCGCCUCUCGACCAAGAUCACCAAGACUCGGAUCGUGACCCGGGAAAGUCUUCCAGGCGCGUGGAAAGAAGUCGUCGAAGCGGAGACGUUGGAUAUGACAGGUGAUGGUAGUGGGUGGAAGCAGAGUGGUGGCAAGGCGACACUGGUAUCUACUACAGUGGAGACUGGGAACGGAAGAGUUGGAAAGGGUUGGAGAAAGAGUGGUGUUGAAGUUUUGGAUUUGACUGGAGCUUGACGUGAACACCAGGAUUGAUUGACGAGUCGCUUCCGGCGAUAUUGGAUUUGUCGUUUAGCGAAGGUGUUUCGGUGCUUCUGAUUCUGGUUAGGGAACGCGAUGCCCUAUUGUGAAGUUUCUUGAUAGCGUAGAGUAGCUUACGCCACGGGACUAUGACCGGGAAUGAGAGGAUAUUAACCUGUAGCCGCC